GGGGUGGGGAGCGUGAGGGGGGGAGGCUCGGUGCCCGGCCCCCCUCUGACGCCCUCGCCCCGCAGGGUCUGUACGAGGAGUGCCAGUACCUGUUCCAGCCCCAGCUCAUCGUGCAGCGCCUCGUGGGGAUCGCCGUGCUGUACCCUGGCUACGUCAGCACCCAGACCAUCACGCCCCACAACCGCUCUAGCCUCUACAAGGUCUUUGUGCCCAGCCACACGUCGCGGGUGCUGGUGCAGGUGCUGGGCUGCCGGGCCGGGAACCGCAGCGCCGCGGGCUGCCCGCUCUGGCUGACGGUGCGAGCCAAGGCCCCCCCGCUGCACAACUCCAGCGCGUUGGACUGCCGGGAGCGGGCGCCCUGCCAGCUGGCCCUGGAGCUGCCCCUCUGGCACCACUGGUACUACGUGCUGCUGGAGCAGGCCCUGGGCGUGCCGGGCCCCGUCCACUUCCAGCUCACCGUGCAGCUCACAGACUGCUCCAGGCCCGGCCUCUCACGGGCACCUGUCCUGCUCCCCGCUGCUGCCAUGAACAUGCCCCAGUCCUUCGGUGCCUUGGUCAGCCUGUCGCUGGGGGAGAGCGCGCCCCCCGUGGCGCCGAACGGCACCCAGCCGCCGCCAGCCGUGCCACCCCCCGGCGAGCGCUGCUGGCCCAUCCGGCCCACGCUGCGCAACGAGCUCGAUACCUUCUCUGUCCACUUCUACAUCUUCUUCGGUCCCAACGUCUCGGUGCCGCCCGACCGGCCCGCGGUCUUUGGCAUCAGCCUGCUGCCGGUGCUCGACAGCGGGGGGGUGCUCAACCUGGAGCUCAAACUCAACGUGUCAUCCCUGCGGGGGGAGAACGUGACGGUCUUUGGGUGUCUGACCCACGAGGUCCCGCUGAUGGCAGGAGACAACGCGUCUAUCACCUGUGAAACAGGGUCCCUGACUGGAUUCCUGCUGUCUGUCAACAGCACGGCCAGCCUGGCCCGCUUACGGAUCCCCUACCCCCAGACAGGCAGCUGGUACCUGAGCCUACGCGCGCUCUGCGCCACGGAGCACGGGUUCGAGCCCUGCGCUAACGUGACAGCGGAGGUGUAUUUACGGACCUACCUCUCCCCCUGCAUCGACGACUGCGGCCCCUACGGCCAGUGCAAGCUGCUGCGCACCAACAACUACCUGUACGCGGCCUGCGAGUGCAAAGCAGUCUCUCCCCAGUUCUAUCACGCCUGCGACCAGCCGGGCAUCGCCGUGUUCUGCAUCAUGGAGUACGACGUGCUGCAGUUCUGCGACUUCCUGGGCUCCCUCAUGUCCGUCUGGGUCACCGUAAUCGCCAUGGCACGGCUCCAGCCCCUCGCCAAGCAGGUGCUGUACCUUCUGGGCGCCAUGCUGCUCUCCAUGGCCCUGCAGCUGGACCGCCACGGGCUCUGGAACCUCCUCGGGCCCAGCCUCUUCGCCGUGGGGAUCAUGGCCGUCGCCUGGACGGCGCGCAGCAUCCGCCGGCGUCACUGCUACCCGCCCACGUGGCAGCGCUGGGCCUUCUACCUGUGCCCGGGGGCGCUGAUCGCGGCGGGGGCCGUGCUGCUCUACGCCUGCGUGGAGACGGAGGAGAACUACUUCUACAUCCACAGCAUCUGGCACAUGCUGAUCGCGGGCAGCGUGGGCUUCCUGCUGCCGCCGCGCCCCAAGCCCGCCGGGCGCCUGGGCCCCCUGCCCCGCCACAAGGGCUGCGGCUACCAGCUCUGCGUCAACGAGCAGGAGGAGCUGGGGCUGGUGGGCCCCGCCACGGCCUCCAUCAGCAGCGUCUGUGACAGCUGACAGCGCCUCGCCCGCCUGGCCUCUGCGGGCACCACGCCGGGGGCGACAGACAGAGGGGCCCCAGGGCGCCCGGCCCCCGAUGGACCCACAACGAGGGGCAUCCCCCACCCACAGCCAUAGACACCAGCCUCCUGGGUGGGCCUGAGCCCCAUGGCACCCCCGGGUGGUCUCUGCCGGCUGCUGCCCCACGGACUGGCUCAGCCCUCUGCUCCUGGUGACUGGGCUGCAAAUCCCCUGCUUGGGGCAGUUAUGGGGCUGCCAUGGGCAACACAGGACCACAACGCCAAGCCCAGCACAGCCCGGCUCCCCUCCCGGCCGGGGGCUCUGCUGUGUAAUGACAAUUACAUCCCCGUGGCACUUGG